AUCCUUCACUUUUGUAACCGAAUGUGUUGGGCCUCUCCCCAAGAGUUCAGUUAUGGGUUCCACUCGCUCAGAUGAUGGCUCUGCCACACACAAAGAACGCUUACGCUGGACACAACAACUCCAUGAUCUCUUUGUGGAGGCUGUAAAUAGGCUUGGUGGCCCUGAUAGGGCAACACCAAAGGGUAUAUUAAAGGUAAUGACGGCUAUGGACAUCUCAAAUUUGAACAUUUAUCAUGUCAAAAGCCACUUGCAGAAAUACAGGAUCUCCAAGUUGAUUCCAGAAUCCACCACAAGAGGAAAGAUUGAGAAGAGAGGUGUAUCACAUAUACUUCCAAAUUUCUGUUCUAUAUCUGCUCUUCAACUAAAGGAAGUCCUUCAAAUGCAAGCAGAGGUGCACAAACGAAUGAAUGCCAGAGUUGAGGUUCAGAAAAGCUUGAAGCUGAAAAUUGAAGCACAAGGAAAGUACCUAGAUAGAAUUGGACAGAGUAGUCAGAUCAAAACAAUUACAAGAAAAGCAUGCAAGUCUUUUGUGGGUAGAGCUAUACCUCUACCCUCUCUUUCUGAGGAAUCUGAAUCCUUAAAAACACAAUCCGAGGAAGAACAUCAAACAGCCAAAAAGAAAACGAUAACCGAUGAUGAUGAUGACAGUGUUUCUCCUGCAGAUUUUGAACUAGGAUCAUCAUCCACAAUCUCAGAAUUCUGCAACCAAACUUGGAAUCUUUCUUGGAGCCAGCUGGCUGAAGCAACAUGCCAAUCACCUUUGGUGUCCAGUUUCUUAUUAUAGGUUUUGUAUAAUUAGAAUAAAUGUUUGCCUAAUAAAACAGUUGAUGAUGUCCACAUCUUAUAUACAAUGUUUGUUUGAUCAUUUUUGGUCCUUCAAAGUAUUUUGAUAUAGACAUUUAUAAGUUGGAGGAUCAAGAAAUGAACAAUGUUUUGUAUAUAUUGUUGGAUGAAAAUAAAAGGUUCAACAGAAUCACA